AUGCUAUCCAGCCGGACCGUCAGUCGCCCUCUCAAGUACCAUAUUCCCAGCUUGUUUAUGCCAUGUGCUCCUCUUGUUUUCUUUUGUGCUGUGUGUUGUGUGGUGCUCUUUGUCGCUGUGCACAUGCCUUCCAUCCUAUCCAUGCUGUCUAUGCGGCAGAGAGUGGUGGGGGCACACAUGGUCUUCCUGCUCCCUCUCUCAUCUCCCCCUCUGUGCUGUUGUGUGCCACCUAUCCAUACGAGAACGCCAAAGGGCAAUGUGUUUAUGAUGGAUGUGCGCACAGUAAGUGUGCGGCAGAGAAUCUUGGGUGCGCACCUCGUCUUUGUCACCGCACUCGACUUCUCACCCAACUCCAGAUGCAUUGGGGCACCUUUGGACACCUCCUGUU